AUGAACUUUAGCAGUAAGCAGUGCUGCUCUCAUGUUUGUCACAAGGUUGGAAUCAAAGGUCAACAUUUCCAUUCUUUGCCACAAACAUUCAAGAUGCUGAAAAUGGCACAAGUACUCCUCAUCUGCUGUCUUGUUGGGGCAACAAAUGCCCUUUACAAGCAAUGGAUUCCUGAUACCAACUACGAGAAUAAGACCAACUGGGAUAAAGGAGAAGUUCCGUGCGGAAGUGACACAAUUCAGUUUUUAUCUCAAAGAAAAGUGUCUGUGUUUGUGGAGACCACUCAUGCCGUGCGGGAGAUGACGCUGCCAAUGGAUGGAGAGAUCAUUCUGAAUUCGGGAGCUGGCUUUUAUGUGAUCAGCGGACAGGACCCUGGUUGUGGAGCAGGAGUGAAGACCAAGUUCAAAGACGCUGACUCGCUGCAAUGGUUUAAUCCGUCUCUGUGGCAGGCAGCUGCAACUCUGAAUGAUCUACAGGACGGACAUUUCCUCUUCUCGGUGCAUGAGGAGAGCGUACCCUGUCAGCAGGAUGACGUCGUGUUCAGACCCCUCUCCUCCUUCCGUGUGGACACCAGCUCCAGCCAGACCACCGUCCCCGUCAAAUCCGUAUCUGUGUUGGGACAGGUAUUUGACAGCAAGUCAGAGUUCUCCGAGUAUCUUAGCUCACAAUCAGGCCUGCUGCAGUUUCACGGCUCAUCAUCGGUCACUGUUGGGAACCCAAGUUGUGGGGAUGCUACUGGCUGUGACUGUGGGAACUCUGUCAACCAUGAACGCAUCUGCAGCACAGUAACCUGUGGCACUCUGAGCUGUAAAAAGCCUUUGCUUCCCAUCGGACACUGCUGCGAGGUGUGUGGUGCAAUAAUUGUCAUUCAUUAUUCUGACAACUUCAACCUGGAAAAUUAUAGGGGACGAAUCCGUCACCUUUUCCUUUCACUGCCAAAAUAUCAGUCCAUUCAGCUGGGCAUGUCAAAAAUCUUAAAGCCACAGAGGUUGAUGGGAAUUAUUCCAUUUGGAUCUUCACCUGAGAUUCAAGUAGUUAUUCUGGAUGGAGAGACUGGAAAACUAUCCGAAGCGCUGGCCCAAGACAUGAUCAAGGAUAUUAAAUCUCAUGGCUCAAAUCUGGGCAUAACAGGAGCCGAAAUUCAGGCCGCUAGUGAGCCUGGAAGCACUGCAGGGACAGUCGUUGGGGCAGUGUUUGGAGUCUUACUCGUGGUUACGCUUAUUGUGAUUGUGGUUGUGCUAAUCCGCAAGGGGAUUGUACAAAUGCCUUCGAUGCCUUCGAUGCCAUCUCUGAGCAGCUUCAGGAGAAACACUGAUGUCGAUGACCUUAACAGGGCAGCUGACCGCGGAUUUGACAAUCCGAUAUUUGAUAAACCUGAUAUGCUGAAUAACAUUUCUGGUCUGUAUAGCACUGAUUCCAUCUCCAUGACUCAGACAGGCGUGCACUUUAUAAAUCCAGCCUAUGAUGAGAACGAAAUAGAUUUUACAGUUUGA